AGUAAACGGUAACCAUCGAAUGCAUCAAAAAAACAUUGUUCAUUUAUGCGACACCUUUACUCAAUCUAUUCUUUUAUCUGGACUUAGCUAUUCAUUAUCCUGGAUGCUUGAAUCUUUUGAAACCGGUUAAUCAUUAAUUAUUCUUUACCCCUGCCCAGGGACGGAUUUUGUCUUGUUUAUGCUGACUUCAAACUAAAGCUUAUCUAAACUCUUGUUCACAGUCGCUCUCCUUUCUUUUUAACCUCCCCUUUCGUUCCCAGCUUUUUUUCUGCGCUUAUCCUUCUUAUCUCCAGAAAAGCUUGUGGAGGAGACGGCAUCACAGCUUUGUAUUCCUUUUGCUAUCUUAGGGGUUGAUCUGGCGGACAACAACAGCCUUGAAAAGGAGUCAACACAGAAACAAGUCUUUAAGCGGUGUGCACUCGUUCGUGUGCCUUCAUCGCGCCAAAGAAGAUGGCAUGGCAUAUCUACAUCAUCGGAUUUUUCUACACCAUUUUCAUUCUAGUCAGCUUGGUUGGUAAUGGAGGUUUUCUUGUGCUGUUCGUACUCCUUCGGAAAGUUCGCCAAGCGGUUGGUAUGUUCAUACUCAGUCUUGCUGUGGCGGAUUUGAUAUUCCCGCUGAUCGUUAUGCCCAUCCACUUCGACUACUUGAUCUCAGGAACUUGGCAAAGAGGGACGUCGCUCUGCCAGUUAAGAAUAUUUGCCUACUUGGUGGCGGCGUCUGCGUCCGUUCUGAGUUACUGCGGCGUGACGGUAGAGCGUUACAUCCGAAUCAUUUUCCCACUGCGUUACAGAGCCGUUGAAAACGCCAAGUGCGUUUUUGCAGCAGUUGCACUGUUGUGGUUGUAUGCUCUAAGCUCAUCGUCGUUCAUCUUUACUGACUUUUUAGAUGAGUCUCAUCAUGAUACUCCGCCAAGAGGAGUUUGUAGCCAUGCUUUGCCGAGGAGACUUUUUCUUACACUUUUUUUGCUGACAUAUUGCGUGCCUUUGGCCGUGAUACUUUUUAUCUACUUCCAUAUCCUCCAAAUCUCUCGAAAGCAACGCAGAAAGAUUGUCCCGGUCAAUGGAAACCAUCAUACUCCAAACAAAAAAGCUAGGCAGUCUGUAAUGGUUUUAUUGCUGUUAUUCCACUUUCUAGUCUGCUGGCUUCCUAUCUCAGUCUACACUCUCGUAUUGAAAACGAAUCUGGCUUCUGAGCUCUCUUGGCCCAACUGGACUUGGUAUCAAUUUUUAUCUCUCUUGACCUUCUUGAACUCUGUCUUAAACCCCUUCAUAUACGGGUACAGCAAUAGUCACUUUAAAGCUGUCCUGAGAAAUUAUAUUUCAAGAAGACGCUCCAGAGUGUGUUCUAUCGCAACCCAGCCUUCUGCUUUUGUUCUUAGAUCUCAGAUAACGUCAAAACAAGCUUUAGAAACACAUAGCUGAACCAAAGGGGACCCGAACACUUUAUCAGUAAUAGAAAUAAAUUUAUUGUUAUUUACCUGUGUUCCUGUGUCUUUUUGAGUCGUUUAGACGGGAUUUGAAUGAAGCGAAGGCAGUUUACAUUUCCGAAUAUUUAAUAUCUCUCAUC